AACCAUUGCAAUUUUCAAAGUUAGUGCAGACAGUGACAACUGAAGAACCAAACUGUUGUUUUUGAGAAAAACGCAUCGAAAAAAAAAAUAAUAAUUACUUUGUCUUUGACUGUUGACAAAUACUAAGUGUUUUCAUUUUUUGAACAACAAGAGUAAAAACCCCCUUUUUCAAACCCAAAAAAGUGCAAAACUAUCAUAAGUGAACUGAUCUUCUACCAAUUUCAAAAAACCAUGUCAACAAUCAGGGACCAACUUUUAAGCCAAAUUGCUGAAAUUCCGUCAUUUGGUUGCAACAAAGUCACGAUUGUCGGUGCUGGACAUGUUGGUUUGGCAUGCGCCUUCAGCAUUCUUACCCAGGAAAUAUCAAACGAAAUCUGCCUUAUCGACGUUGAUGCAAAUAAGGUCAAAGGUGAAGUUCUAGAUCUUCAACAUGGUUCGAGUUUUGUCAAAAAUGCUAAAAUAACCGGCGGAACUGAUUUCGCCAUAACUGCUGGAUCGAGAAUUUACAUUAUUACCGCUGGUGUUUCUGGUCUUCCUGAGGAAUCACGUUUGUCACUUCUUGAACGAAAUGCAAAAAUCAUUCGAGGAAUUAUACCACAGAUUGUUAAAACAAGUCCUGACAGUAUAAUUUUGAUGGUAACAAAUCCAGUGGAUGUUCUUUCCUAUUUGGCUUGGAAAAUAUCAGGAUUUCCAAUAAAUCGAGUUUUUGGCAGUGGAACUACUUUGGAUUCAGCUCGUUUUCGCUUUUUGAUCUCACAACGUUUAAGUAUUGCACCGACUUCUUGUGAGGGGAGUAUAAUUGGAGAACAUGGCGAUAGUAGUGUUGCAGUUUGGUCAGCUGUUAAUAUUGAUAGUAUCAAUUUGAGAGAUUAUGAUGAACGUAUUGGUUCGAUUGAUAACGAUGCUGAAGGAUGGAGGGAAGUUCAUUUAGCAGUUAUUAAUGCUGCUAGAGAUAUUCUCAAGAAGAAAGGAUAUACUAAUUGGGCAAUUGGAUUGAGUUGUGCUUCAAUUGUUGAUGCGAUUUUUACCAAUUCAGGUGCUAUUAUGCCAGUUUCAACAGCUAUAAAGGGAAUGUACGGAAUUGAAGAAGAUAUUUUUCUUUCUAUGCCUUGUGCACUGCAUGCAAAUGGAAUAACUUCUAUUAUAAAACUUAAUCUUACACCAUCCGAAGGAGAAUUAUUACAAAAAUCAGCAAAAAUCUUAAAUGAAGCACAGAAAAAUCUUGAAAUUUAAAUAAAAUUUAUUUUUUUUACUAUA